AAAAUGUCAAUGGAGAAAGUGGCGCCUGUGGCCAGUCAGGCUCAGGGGACCCAUUACACCAUGGCAGACUCUUCCUUACAAACCGAUAGUACUAACUUGAUCGUUGCUCAUCACGCAAUUGAACGUAUCGGAAUGGGUCGAUACCAGUGGCAGCUACUUGUCACGUGCGGUUUUGGAUUUCUCGUUGACCAAAUGUUACUUGUUUCAAUCAGUAUAAUCACUCCGAACACAGCAAAAGAAUUCGGACCUGCUCAUGCCACCUUGCUGUCCGCAUCUUUGUACGCGGGGUUGCUAGUUGGUGCCAUAUUAUAUGGUGUGGCUGCUGACUAUAUGGGACGGAAGCUGGUCUGGCAAUUAUCUAUAUAUGGGGUGUCAGUCAUCACUAUGCUCAGCGCUUCUGCAACCAGCUGGACAGCAGUUAAUGUUUGGAUGACAUUAAAUGGGCUUUUUGCGGGUGGAAAUUUGGCUAUUGAUUUGACGAUUCUCGCCGAGGCUCUCCCUCGGAAAUGGACGUUUCUCCUUACGGGAUUGGCCGCUGUUUGGGGUCUGGGAAAUGCAAUAACAGGAUUGAUUGCUUGGCCACUCGUUGAUAGCUUCUGCUGCCCAAAUGGAGCCACUCCAGAGACUUGCACUCGUGCAGAGAACAUGGGGUGGCGAUAUCUUGAUAUCAUCCUUGGUGGACUCUGUUUAAUCAUGGCCAUCGUUCGCUCUCUCGUUCUAGGAAUGGAUGAAUCGCCAAAGUGGCUGGUCACAACCGGAAAAUUGGAAGAAGCAGUGAAAGUAAUCAAUGCUAUCAGCGCAAAAAACAAAUCUGACUACGUAGUCGACAUUGACAUGUUUUCUACCACACCCGUCCAAAAUAACUCGAAAAAUAACUGGUUGUAUCAGCUAGGUACUGUGAAGCAUCUUUUCUUCGGCCUAAAGCAGGUGCGUUUAAUUAUCUGUUUGGUUUUAUUAUGGGCCCUCGUUGGGAUAGCCUAUCCCCUCUACACUGUUUUUCUGUCGUACUAUCUCGAAGCUCAUGGCGCCAACCUGGGCGACGGCAGCAACUACCAAACUUAUCGUGACUGGGCGAUUUCAUCCGUCGUCGGUAUAUUUGGUCCGGUACUAAGUGCAUAUUUGGUCCGAGUUCCUUUUCUGGGACAUCGCUGGUCUCUCACAAUCACCGGGUGUAUUUGCGCGGUGUUCGCCGGAGCCUUCACAUCUGUCAAGACAGAGGGUCAAAAUAUUGGCUUUUCAUGCAUGAUAAAUUUUUGGUUGAAUGCCUUGUAUGCUAUUAUAUAUGCAUACACCCCGACCGUUUUCAAAACAGAACAUCGCGCGAUCGCGUGCGGUUUACUCUUAGCCUGCGGGCGGUUAACCUCCUUGUCAUCUCCAUUUAUUGCGACAUACGUUGAUGUGACAUCUCCGGUACCUCUCUGGAUCUCAUGUGCGUUUUAUGUCGCCAUUGGAAUUAUUGCUCUCGCGCUGCCGUUUGAGCCGUCGAAGUUGAAUGAUUUAUCUACCGAGGAGCAAUUAGGUUGAUAAUGUAUGUAGAAUAAAAUUAUUUGGUCUACUUCUGUUGGGUAAGGUAGAAUAUCGUCUCUGACGUGACUUGAUUUAGGGCUAGGGUUAGG